GUAUCGCCAGAGGAAUAUAAGUAAAAAAUGAAGAAUUAUUACAUCUUGAAAACGUAUUGCAGUAAAAUAUUUCUGCUCGGCUCUGGUGAUUUUUGGUACGAAAACAAAGUCAUUGGAGACGAUAAACGUAUCCUUUAUAGAAUGUACAAUUGUGCAUUGUUUUUUAUAUAUGGUUUCAUGACCGUAUUGGAAAUCAUGGCGGCGUUGAUGGGAGAAUUUCCGACGGACGAAAAAAGAGACUCAGUAACGUUUGCAGUAAGCCACACUAUUGUUAUGUUGAAAAUAAUCUCCGUUGUAUUCCAAAAGGAGUUGGUAAAGACGCUGAAUCGCAAGAUGGUGACCAUUUGUGAACAUUACGAGGAACAAGCUUUGAUGUCAGAGAAAUAUCGCAUCAUGAAAAUAAAUGUGAUCGCUUAUUUCCUCAUUGUUUACGGGUCGGCUGCUUGUUUUGUUUUCGAAGGUUUGAGGAAACUGUUUGACGGGUCCCAUUUUGUAACUGUUGUGACCUACUAUCCGGAUUACGAGGACAAUUCAAUGUUCGCAAACAGUGUCAGGAUUCUCGCCACAGUGAUAUUGUUUUUGAUGUUGAUGAACAUGAUUGUGUGUGUCGACUCAUUCACAAUGGUCUAUCUGAUUAUGUAUAAAUAUAAGUUUAUCACACUGAGACACUAUUUUGAGAAUCUGAGCGUGACGAUUGAUAAAUUGAACACACCUGGUAAUGAAGAGGUGGUUGCGAAGAUGUUGACUGACGGUUUAGUGGAAGGAGUGGAGAUGCAUUCGAAGUUACUAAGGUUAUCGAAAGACAUCGACAAAGCGUUUGGUACAGUGAUGGCCUUACAACUUUGUCAAAGUUCCGGCUCCGCAGUCUCGCUUCUCCUUCAAAUUGCCUUGUCGGAUCAAUUGACUUUCGUGGCGAGUCUCAAGAUAGUUUUCUUCGUGAUGGCACUCUUUUUCUUACUCGGCCUUUUUCUUUGCAACGCUGGAGAAAUAACAUAUCAGGCUGCGCAGCUGUCUGACGCGAUAUUCUACAGUGGCUGGCAUGUUUGCCGUCCGCGCCACUCAUCUCGUCAUGUGAGGAAGAUCGUGUUGCUCGCGAUCAUGCAGGCGCAGCAGCCACUCGUCAUGAAGGCCUUCAAGAUGCUUGAACUCACUUACGGCACUUUUAUACUGGUGGUGAGAGCAACUUACUCCGUGUUCGCAUUAUUUUACGCACAAGAUAAAUAAAUGUUUCACGCAUGAUUAAUCGCGUACAAAUACAUAAUACUUUAAUUAUGAACAAUGUAGUCUUUUGUGAGCUUUGAUUUGUUUAACAUGGUUUCAUAUAGAUUUAUUUAAUUAGCGAAAUUAAUUCACUAUUAAUGUUACACUUUGAUUUAA